UUUUGCUUUUCCCCCCUUUCUUCUCCUCUCACCUUUAUCUUCAACUCUCUCUCUCUCUCUCUCUCUCUAUCUCACAUAGGCUCCUUUUCUAACUCAGUAUGCAUUUGUCUUUCAAAGAUUUCAUUGCAUAAUUCACAUUCAAAAUCUAGUAAAGUCUUCUCUUCCUAUACCCACAAACAUUUCUAGUUAUGAUGGCUCAAGGAGCUUCCAACUACCUCUUCUUGUGUCUCCUCUUUGUUUUCACUGUCUGCUCUUCAGGCACUGUAGUUGGCUUCUUUUAUGAUGCAAAGAAACUCAAUGCCAUUUCAUCACCAACAGAAACAGUAUCAUACCCCAAGGUCUACCCAUCUCAGGUUAGGGUUUUCAUUGCAGAUCAUCGAGCUUUAAAUAGUCUUUCCAACACUGGUGUGUUGGUUGAUCUUUACUUGAAUCAAACCCUACUCGAGAAUUUGAGAAAUUCCGAACCUCACACAGUAUCGCGCUUUAAAACCCUUUUGGCAACCUUCCUUCCACAUGUGAACAUCAAGAGCAUAGUAGUAAGUGGAAGCAGAGAUGAGUCACGGGGAAAAAAUGACAUUCCUAUGCUUCUAUCAACCUUGAAAUCGAUCCAUUCAGAAGUAAAGGCCUCACUGUCAUUUUCACUGUCAUUUUUAGAGAACUUGAACAGACAACAAAAGAGAGAUUUGAAUAAAGUGUUGAAUUUUAUCAAGAAAAUUAGGUCUUUUGUCGUUGUGGAAGCCACGGUUGAUGGUGAAUUGAGCAUGAAUGACAGGUUUAUUGAGUCUCUGAUGAAACGAGCUACAUCGGUUUGUAGUGAUGUUUCUAUAGUCUUAAAAAUCAAGAGCUCUGCUGUUCCCGGUGCCAUUAAAGUGUCUGAAUUCACCGAUAGCACUCAAGGGAUAGGAGAGAUAACCGGGUUGUUUGCAGAAGUGUCUCUACCAAAAGAACUUGAAAAGAAAGAGCAGGUGCUUGGUAAUUCUCAUAGAGAACUCCUGGACAUUUCACACAGUAAAACAACUCAACACGACACUAUAUACCCACCAGCAACACCAGUUACCGUCUCUCCAAACAAUAACCCCACACCAACAAUCGUCACCAUCCCCUCUACUAAUCCGGUCACUGUAAAUCCCGAUCCUACUGCCACUCCUGUGACAGUUCCCUCCACCACGCCUGUCCCCGUGCCCUCCAGCACAAAUCCUGUGAAUUCACCACCAGUGCCAAUCACCAAUCCGGUAACAACACCUGGCACAGUUCCAGGGGCACAACCGAUAACAAACCCUGUAACAACUUAUCCGGCUCCAUCAACAGGUGUUCCUGUCACAACACCUGUCACAAAUCCAGUGGCACCUCCUGCAACCACAGGUGCUCCUACUGUUUCAGGGCAGAACUGGUGCGUGGCAAAGAGUGGAGUGUCGGAGACUGCACUUCAGGUGGCGCUCGAUUAUGCGUGUGGGAUUGGAGGUGCGGAUUGUUCAGCUAUUCAGGAAGGAGCGAGUUGUUACAAUCCUGUUACGCUUCAGAACCACGCGUCAUAUGCCUUCAACAGUUAUUAUCAGAAGAAACCGGUUCAAACUAGUUGUGACUUUGGAGGAACUGCCAUGAUAACUAACAACAAUCCAAGCUCUGGUACAUGCAUUUACCCAUCAUCAUCAUCUCCAACUUCAUCACCAACAACAGCAACACCAUCAACUACUCCUACACCAACAACGCCAACUACUCUGACGCCAACUACGCCAACGACUACUACACCAACAACACCAACUAUUCCGACACCAACAACGCCAAUGACUCCUACACCAUCGACAACAUCAUCAUCAGGGGCAACAACACCUGGCUAUGGUUCUCCUCCGGCAGUGUUAAACAUGAGCAACCCUGCAUCGGGUAGCACAACAGUUUUUGGUGAAAGCCCUCCGACUUUUAACUCCUCAACAUCCAUGGCAAUUGGCUUGCAACCCUUCACGGGUUAUAUCAUCUUAAUAACAUCCAUAGUUGCGGGAAGAUUCAUUCUAGACAUGUUAGAGCCAUAACUUAUCCAUGGAAAUCAAUAGAUUAGAAGCUUCAUAGCUCCAGAAAUUCCGAGUUUAGGCUUUUCCAGAUCAUGUACAAAUCGAUCCUCGCAGGAAAAGAAUAAGGUAGUGAGUGAGUGCGUUCAUGAAGGCUAAAAUCUGAAUUCCUAGAUUGUGGAAAAGUACUCACUAGUCAGCAAGAGCUUUCCUGAGAUGUGAAUGUUUGAAUUGCAGAGAGUAGUGAACUGUGUACAUUACACAGUAUAACGUGUAGUGCAGUUCAUGUUGAGCUUAUUUAUAUAUAUAUGCAUGUUACUAAAAAUAGUGUGUUCAUAUUUUUUCUGUUAUGAGCGACUUUGGAAUGUAUGAUUUUGCCACGGUAAAAACAGGGUCAUAAAAAUUGGU